AUGUUUGCUCAACUCGCUCUCCUCUCCCUUGCCGCCUUUGCGCCGCUGGUGGCCGCUCAUGGCACUCUUUCUGGUGUUUGGAUUGACGGCAAGCACUAUCCCGCACCUAUGCCUCUGGAGAAUCCGGCCCAGUAUAUCGUUCGGUCUGUCAACUCUGUCGAUCCGGUAAAGGGUACAAACAAUCCGGAUCUCAACUGUGGUCACAAUGCUCAAAAGGCGGGCCUCGUCGCUGACGCCGCUCCUGGUUCCACCGUUGCUCUCAGCUGGCGCAACGGAGAAGGUGGUACUUGGGUCCAUCGAGUUGGUGGGGUGGUGAACUUCAUGGCCUCCUGCGGAAAUGGCGGCUGCGCGACAUUUGAUUCCGCCAAAGCCGAGUUUUUCAAAGUAAGCGAACUUGGGAAAUAUCCUGGCACAGACAAUUGGUAUAUGGCGGACCUCACCACUGGUCCUAACGGCACGACAAGCUUCACGAUCCCCCCAACCCUCCCAGCCGGAGAGUACCUGAUCCGCCACGACCUCAUCGCCAUGCACAACGGUCUCAGCGAAGGUGGUGUCGAGUUUUACCCGGCCUGUAUCCAAAUUCGCCUCAGUGCUCCCUCGCGCACCGCGUCGGCGAUCCCCUCUGGUAAAGAAGUCGUCACUUUCCCAGGGGGAUAUUCCCCAACGGAACCCGGUGUUUUGGACCCAAAUGUCUUCAACCCCGGAAGCGUGUACACCCCCCCUGGCCCUCCCCUUGCGGCUAUUGCUGUCGCUGACCCGAAUGGCUCUACUUCCGGUGGAAGCAGCUCGACCUCUGGAUCUGAUGCUCCAACUGGAACCAUUGUCGCGUCGAGCUCGUCCACGACCCCGGGUAGCAGCUCUCCGACACCCACCUCCACGGGUGGUGGCUGCGGUGGCUCACGUCAAAAGAAGCGUGUCAUCAAACGCAUCGUUCAACAGGGUCCUCUCAUCAAGCGACACGCCAACAAAGCCGCCCACAAGCGUCAGGAGCUUCCAUCCAAGAAGCGCGCUCCUGCACCUACAGCCGUCGUUCCAGUUCAGGAAAGAACCUUUGCUGUUCGCUCCCGCGUCAUGCGCGGCAUUUAA